GGUAGCACAGUGAUAGCAAAUAUAUGGGCCAAUCAUAUGAAUGAGAAGAAGUGGGUUAAUCCAUACAAGUUUAACCCAGAUAGAUUCAUGGUCGAUGGCAUCACAAACAAGAACCACGUUAUUCCAUUUAGCAUUGGUUUGCGUGCUUGCCCCGGUCAAGACUUUGCCAAGGUGAAUAUAUUUACUAUCAUAACACGACUGAUGCAAAAUUUCAUGUUCAAACUCCCACCUGGAUCGAAGGCACCAUCCAUGGUAGGAAAAACUGGAGAGGCAAGACAAGCAUUUGAUUAUGACGUCGUAUUUGAAAUCCGCCAUAAAUGACGAUGGUUUUGUAUUCAUUUGUUAAGUGUAAUAGUAUACAUAUUUAAUUUAUGAUUUAGUGUAUUGAGCCUAAACAAUAACUUAUUCGUGUGUAAUGAUAUUAUUAAUUAAAUUUAUUUAUGCGUAUAACAAUAUAGUAGAAAACACAUUAAUCCAAUUAAAGUGUAGUAAUUGACUACAAAUUGGUCUUUGACAAAUAGUACAAUGUGAAGUAUAUAUUAACUGAUUGAACAAUAAAUACACAUGUCUGUUAGUUAAAUGUAAACAACUAAAUUAGGGAGAACGCAGCAAGAACAAGUCAGUACUGAUCGCAAAUGGAGCUUUAUAGAUG